AUGAAACAAACUCUUCCAGUGCUUGCCCAUUUUGAAAAGAGUUCAGAUGAAAUUGCAAGUAAUCUAAGCGAUAUUAUACAAUAGAAUAUUUUGCAUUAAAAUAUGGAAACAAUUACCAUAUAAUAAAACAAUUGCAAAACCAAAGAAAAUAAAUUGAAACUCCUAUGCUAGAGGCUAAAAGAACAUUGAGGACAAUAGAAUAAGAAUGUGAUGGACUCAAGAGAAGUAAUUCUAAAUAAUCAGAACGCAUGAAAGCAACAUCUACUUUCAAUUUCUCUAGACCUGGUAGUUAAUUUGAUACAUUCAUUCAGAGUACUCAACAUUUUGACUUAAAUUCUGGAUAACUUUUGCUCUAGAAUAUCAAAUAGAUUAUGGAGAGUUUGUCAACUAAAGAGGACCCUCCAAAUUUCUAAUUAUAUUGGGAAUCCGUUUAUAUGUUUAAAUGGGAACAAUAUUUACAUUGUUUUGUUAGACCUUUAACACAAAAAAUAAUUUAAGAAUCAAUAUUUUUGAGUGACAUAGUAAUUUCAUUUAUUUAAUGUUAAAUGAAAGAAAAUUUACUUAAUAAUUCUUAAGAGCAUUAAUAAGAAAUGAUAGUAUUAACAAAACUUUUAUUGGAAAACUUCUGUCAUUUUUUAAAGAAAAUAUUGACACAAACUAAAUAAUAGAAUACUUUAGUUGUAUAAUUACAGACUAAAAUCGAUUUAAUACUGUGUAAAAAUAACCCUUGCAUUAGUUUUAUUUAAGAAUUAAAAAAGAAUAAUAGUUUCAUCAAAACAAUUAUUGAUAAGUUAUUAUAAAUUGAUAAUCCGAAUAUAUAGCCUGUAAUUAUUACUUGUAGAUAUUAACUAAGUCAAAUAAAGUCAUUAGACAUAUAAACUAGUAGACCAUAAUUAGUUAAUGCUAUCUAUUUAUCAACCAGUGUUAGUUAAUAACCAGAAUAAUAUUAAUCGCCAUUAAAAACCUUAUUCAAAGUACCUCAUUAAUAAUAAUACGUGAUGCAUUUAAGAUAAUCAUACAGUAAUUUAGAGCCAGUUGAAGUUCCAUUUAUUAAAACACCAUUUCAGCACUCUUUAUGUGUAAUAUUAGAUCUAGAUGAAACCCUGGGUCAUUAUGUAUGACAUAAAUAAUAAGUUUAGAAUGAUAAGAUUGGCAAAUUCAUAAGGAGACCAGGAUUGGUUGAGUUAUUACAAGGAAUAAAAGAACAUUGUGAAAUAGUAAUUUUUACGGCUGGUUUGCAGAGUGUAUAUAUAUAAUAUAUUAUAAAGUAUGCAGAUCAUGCGAUAGCAGAGUUAUAAUGUGAUGAAUACAUAGAUUAUCGAUUGUAUAGACCACACACUACUUUUAAUGGGAAUAAUUUUGUUAAAGUAUUUAAAUAAUGAUUCAAUUAGGACAUAAGCAAAGUAGGUAGACCUUUGGAGAGAACAAUAAUAGUUGACAAUACACCUACAAAUUAUGAAUAAUAGUAGGACAAUGGACUUUUGGUGUCAACAUGGAUUGAUUAAGAGGAGGACAAAGAAUUGUUAGAGUUAAAGGAUUUGAUAAUAAGAAUAGCCUAGACAAAAACUAAAGAUGUGAGAAAAGCUUUGAAAAAAUAUAGAGAUUACAUCAGUAGACAUAAGUGA